AACAACAAAAGUGUUUAAACUGAGACUGUCAAUAAACUAGUAAAGAGAAGAGACGAGUUCUCGUCGGUGGGUCAAGACAAAGACGUGUUUUAUUAGAUCAGUGAGUCGAAACCGAGUUACAAAAAAGGGGAGAAAACAGAGGUAAGAGUCCGGCGAAGACAAGUUCGUCGGACCGUACAAGUCGGCGAGAUGUAAGAUGUAAAACCCUAAUUCUAGCCGAAAGUGAGUGUAGUAAUUUGCGGAUCCCCUCCUUGUUGCCUUCUUUCCUCCUUUUAUAGGUGAACAUUCGUUGACCUAAUGUGUCUUGUCUCGAUGGGCCUCCUCGAGUAAUUGGGCCGACUCGUCGGGCCGUUGUGUCAGGUCGGCGAGCCGAUGAUGUUUAGUCAGUCGUCUCAUCGACUAAAAGUAGUCUGGAGCCGAGCCGAACACCAGCUUACAAGUCGACGAGCCGAUCCUCUUUGUUGUAAUCAUGUAUCUGGGUAAUUGUCUUGCGGGCCUUUUGGGAGGGCUAGGCCCAUACCCAACAGUAAGUCCCCCCAGUUCGCUGGUGAGUAGUGCAGCCGACUCAGCGAAUUUGUUAGUAGGGUUUGCGAGACAACUAUCCCAAAUUUGUGAUUUCGAUCGACUCUUCGACACUCCAAUCAACUCCUCGUCUGUCCAAUCGACUCCUCGACUGCGCAGUGGAUUUGGUAUGCCCACGUUUGAGGAUCUGACUGAUUUGAAUUUGAUGAUGAUUGAUUUUUUUUUAUUUAAACCGGUGGUUCGUUCCGGUUUUGAUUUGAACCGAUUUCGGUUCUCCUCGAGAAGCUGAAAAGUCGCGACGUUUGGUGAGCUCCACGCGCCUUAAUGGGCCGACUCUAGGCCCAUCUAGGUCUAAUAAUGACGCCUCGGGGUGCGAUGCGCUCCUCUCUCUAUAAAUACCUCUCUUCCUUCUCAUUUUCUCCACUCUUCAUCCGGCUCAGGUACUUUCUCUCUCUAACUCUCUGCUUCUCUCUCUAACUUUGUAGUCUUAGAUCUGAGAAUGUCGUCGGGCGGUAGAGGUAAACUUUCUAGGGCCCAGAAAGGGAAAGCCGCGGUGAAUGCGACCGAAUCGAGUCCGGAACGUGUCAUUGAGUCGAAUUCCUCGCCCGAUUUUGAGACGAUUCAUCGUGAAGCCAUGAUGGACACGGAGAAUAUGGACACGCCCCAGCGAGUCCUCGUUGCUGAUUCGGCGCGACAGCUCCGCGAGGAGAGAGAAAACGUAACAUUGAUUUCGAGAGACGGUCAGGGUGGGGCUGACGUCGGAGAGACUUCCCUCCCCGAUUUCGUUCCGUGUUGUUACCAUCCGGGAGGAAUCUUCGAGGAUCUUCCAGCUUUGGCGAUUGAGCAGAUGCGUCCUUCUGUCGUAGAGGGACAGUCAUGGGAGAAUAUCGAGGAGACUCGUUCGACUCCUAGUAGCGUGAAAGCUUUAUUGAGGGAGUGUGGAGGAGCCGGGGUGACCUUUCUGAUCCCAACUAAAUCUCAGAGGCCGUGGUCCCCUCCUUUGGGGUUUCAGUGCGUCUAUGAGUCAUACUUUCAUGACGAGACCAAACUUUGGUUUCCAAUUCCUCGACUUGUUACGUCUUACGUAAGACGUCGUGACGCGGCGAUCAGUCAAUUUUUCAACGGCGCGUUCCGUACCUCGGUGGCAUUGAUGGUGACUGCGGCGGAGAUUGACGUUUCGAUGAGUGUCCGGACGCUCGAGGAGCUGACCUAUACGAAGUCGAUGGGUGAUGGUUUGUUCUCGAUUCAGAUGAGGCCCAACUACAACGUGAUCGUCGAUCAUCCAUGUAGGACGGCGCACUGGCAGCGUUUCUACUUUUACGUCAAGUCUGACGGUUUUGCCUUCGAGGAGCCGCCCGACGAUUCCUUUCGAUUUUUGUGGAAUCAUAAACUUGGUAGAACGUUGUUGUCAGCUCAUCGACUGUCUCUUUUCCUUGUUUUUCUGACGUUUUUUUUUUUUUUUUUUUUUUGUUUAUUUGCAGUUGAUCACCCUGACACGGCCUUUUAUCCGGAAGAUUUCGUAUCUGAUGCUCGUGCAGUUGUUUCGCGCGUCCAAGUAAGCUGGAAGGAUAUCACCAUCGAGAGGAUUCGACGAGUGCUCGACAGAAUCUCGAGGAGUAAGUUUCUUCUUACGAUCACAUGUUUUCCUCCAACUUAUGUCAGUCACGAAAUUUAUCUCAUCCAGCUUGCUACUCUUUUUCAGAGGAUUGGAGGUCUGAUCUAUUACCUUUGAUUACCGGUAACAAGCGACGGUUUUCGAUAUUCAGUAGUGCCGAGCAAAAGAUCAUCAACGCGGCCAGGGAAAUGAAAGAGCUUCCAGACUUGAGUGCGCUAAUCAAGAAAAAGCUGAGCGAGGCAAAAAGGGGAUCUUCUGCGACUCCUAGCGAGACAACUCCUAGUGGGACGACUCCUCGCGAAGAGACUCCUCGUGAAAAGACUCCUCGCGAGAAGACUCCUCGUGGAGCAAUUCCUCCCGCUCCUCUUCCUCUUGCAGUUUCUCCCAGACCGUCUUCGGGCCCAGUUAUUGUCGGCUCCUCGAGGGAGGAUCUCACAUUGAUCUCUGAACGAGAGACUGCUGAACCAUCGGUGACUGGUGGCAAUAAGAAGAGAUCUGCUCCUGACUCCUCUACGCCGGCUACCUCUCAAGCAAGGACCGAAUCCGAUGGUCCUCCGAAGAAGAAAAAGAAAAAUGAGAAGAAGAAGAAGAAAUCUGCUGAGGAACAGUCGGAGCCUGCUGAGGACACCGGGAAUCGUGAGACUGUUAUCGAGAAAAGUCUUUCUCGCGAUGCUGCGGCUCGGGGAGUCGUCGAUUCGGAUAACUCCCCGUCCAUCCCUCUGAAGAGGAAAAAGAGUUCCCGCAGUCAUGAGUUGUCUACUCCGGCUUCGUCUGCUUCUGCUGCGAAGAUUCCUCCGGCUGCACCUCAGACUCUUGUUGAAGGCGGUUCGACCUCUGAAGAUCGUCGGGUCAAAUUUCGUGACCACGUGGAGUUCAAGUACGUCGGCGAAACUCCUCUCUCUUUUGCCCCGACUGACUGUGCUGAGCUUGUUCGGCAAAUUAAGGGUGGUCGCAAGGACCUGCCCGCUGUCAAGGACCUUAUUUUCAAGGACGCGUAUGUCGAUGCGGCGAGGACUAAAAUUCUGAGCGACGGGAGCAUGAACUACGUCGUCGAGUUAUAUGAUUCAGCCCUUAAGGAGGCCACGUCCAAGUUAAAGCAAGCCGACAAGCUCGCUCGAGCGAAGGAUGUAUCUCAUGACCGCAAGACGAAGGAAUUUAAGGCGACAAUUGAUAAGGUCGCGGAGGAACGGGCUCAACUGAUUGAGAGGAAGAAGGCUCAGAAGGCUCAUUUCCUGGAGAAAUUCGGGGAGUUGAAAGAUAAAUUUGAUGCUGCGGGUGUAAAGAUACGAGGACUUGAGGAGGAGAAGAGGGCCUGGUUAAGAGAGAAGGCAGCCAUGGAGGAGAAGAUGGUGUCCACCGCGCUGAGGCACUUGAAAGAGGUCAACAGACUGAGGGACUCUCGGGGUCAUGAGGUUACUCACGAGCGGUUUCGUGUACAGACGGCCAUGAUUGCUAAGAGCAACAAGCGUUUCUCCCAAAUUCGAGAUCUCGAGAAGCGUCGUAGUGAGUUUGAAACAGUUAGAUCCUUGCAGAGCCAAGCUUUUGGGACAAAGAAAUGCCUCGAAGCGCUUAAGGAGAGCGGGAUCGACAUUCCGCAAGAGACGAUUGACUUGUUCGCCGAACAAGAGAAGGAGUACGAAACUGCGGCUGAUCGACUAGCUGUCGGAGGAAUUCCCGAGGAGCUUCUCUGUCUUUCUCCUCUUCAUCUUCGAUCUCCUUUUCUAAACGAGAAUGUGUGGGCGACGAUCGACCCAUAUGGAUCGAACGCGGGCCUGAUUGAUGCUGGGACCGCUGCUUUCCUUCAAACUCCUAGUAGUUCUCAAGGAGAUCAUGCGAACGAAGAAUCUGUAGAACCAUCUGGAAGAGAGCUCGGGGAGCCGUCUUUUCAUGAAGGUAGGAUCGUUGGUGAGGUUGCAAGGCUCGAGGAUACGACCGUUGCACCUGCUUUGGAUCCGACUACGCUCUCCACCAGCAUCGUUGUGAAUGAAGAUCCGUUGGUCCCGGCUCUUGGGACUGGUGCCGAGACGAGGACAGAGGCUGUUAAUCUUCUCGAACUCUCAGAUUCUUCGACUGAAGAAGAGGGUGGCGAACACCCGGAGGAGACUGAAUCUGGUUUAGUUGGUAACCCGCAAAAUGAAGAGGGAAUGGCCGACAGAAUUGACAAUCUACCAGUCCUUCCAGCGGACGUGACUGCUCAGGUCGUCGAGGGAGGUUCCAACCGUGCCGAAGACUAGCUUAAUAUGUUGUUGUUGUUUCUUUUAGACUUUUGGUUUUUGGCCCUUGGAGGCUUUUGUUGAUGU